AUUUGAAUACUCUCGACCCCAUUGCUCCCACUUGUUCAAGUGAAUCGCCACCUAGAUUUUGUUGAUACGCAGACGCUGCUUUUGCUCUUCGUUUCUGACACCUUGAAAGUACCCCCAGCACAUGGGCCAGGUGUAGGAUGCACUGUCAGUGCAGACAACCCGGCCGUCGUCUAGGAUCAUCCGCUCUCUGAGCGCUGCAAUUUGUCGGGGACCAGCCUCAAAUACUCCUCUCCUGUGCGCUUCCAAGCCCGACAAACGCACAACACUUCUAGCAAGCAUCUUAUUUGUGCUACUCCAGCAAACAGCUAGUUGACACGCCACUACCGUUAGAAAAUAUAAAAGAAGCAAGUAUGAUGGCUGCAAACCAUGACAGGCGAAAUGAUGACUGCUACUUUUACUUCUACUCCACUUGUACCAAGGGUGACGACUGCCCAUUUCGGCACUGUGAAGCAGCUCUAGGCACAGAGACUGUGUGCCCUGCCUGGAAAGAAGGCAACUGCAUGCGUAAAAGUUGCAAGUUUCGACACAUGGAAAGCAGGAAAAACCGUUCACAGAUCCCAUGCUACUGGGAAAAUCAGCCGAGUGGCUGCCGCAAGCCCCACUGUGUAUUUUUACACAGUCGGCCCCGAGCGGCCAUUCCAGACGUGCUGGGGGCUCCCAGAACCCAGGGAUUCCCUCACCUUGCUGCAGCUUCAGCUCUGACCAAGAUGCCCAACACUAUGAUACUCCCAGUGCCUGCUCAGCCAGGAAAUACAGCACUGAUGAAUCCUGAGGCAGCAGCACUGAUGGCUGCUUCGGCUGGCAAACAGCCAGAUCUAGGAGCUGGCCUCCCGGCUAGUAUCGAGCCCGUAGUAGUCAGCUUCGACGAAGAAUCGGACACUGAAAGUAAUAUAGGUAGUCCAGUGAAGCGCCCUCCCCCUCAGCAAAGAAUAUCCUAUUUGCCGAAGAUACAGCUAGGAGACGAUUCCAAGGAUGUAAUUGUAGUAAAGACACUACAGGAAAUUCGUCAGGAGAAGCUUCGAGCUCAUCAGUGUCAAGAUGUCGUCAGCAGUUCCGUUCAAGAGCCGGAAAUAAUAGAGGACGAUGCAGAAAAGGAACAGGAGCAAAAGAUGCUCCAAACAAUUUUACAUGACUCAGGGUGUUACAGCUCCUCUCCAGAAACAACAUCUGACCUAAGGUUUAGACUGUACAGAAAACGUAACAUUGACACCCCACUUUUUGUGACUUCAGAUAUGACAGAGGAGCAUGGGACUGCUGCCAAGGCUAGCCGUACAUCUCAACCAGUGCCUAAGAGGUGCAUUCGACUGAAGAGGCCAAACUUUGGAGAUAUCGCUCAAAAGGCUACAACUCGCUGUACCACUACUACCACAACUAUAAGACACAAUGAUGCCUGGAAAACAGAAGAAAGCACAGAGCAAGAAAGGGCUGUUACUUCAAGCACAUCAGACACAGGAUCACCUGCCAGAGGAAAGGGUUCAGGAGAUCUGGAAGAAAGCAGAGCAGAUAAUGCGAUAGAUGUCUUAGAUCUUGACAACAGCGUAGACGACCUCGACGAAUCUUGUCUACACAAGGACACGGCGGAUCUUAUGAAUGAGCUUGAGGAAAUGCUCAGUUGAUAAGAGAAUAAUUUUUACUUAAGUUGCGCAUGUGCCAUCAGGAGGAACUGUGGUAUGCACGCCACCCAAUUUUGCGUUAUCAUCCUUGGACAGGAGUUCACUUGUACUAAGGCUCAUUUGAAGAUGAACAUUCUCAUAUGACCUUCUUAUAAAUUUUUGAAAUACACACGAGAGAAAAUGCA